CGGUCGCCGAUGCUCUUCAUUGUCUUGGCCUCAUGUACCGUCCACGCAGGCGACAAGGUGCCAGUGGUGACCGCGAGCGAUGGUCUCCGUCCAUCUGGGACAGCUCGGAGGCGUGGGCGGCUUGUGCGAAAGCUUUGCGCGAAUAUGAUGAGGACAUGAUCCAAGAUUGGAAGGAAGAGAUUGACACGCUCCUCGUAUUCGCUGGUCUGUUUUCUGCGGUACUGACGGCGUUCAAUAUUGAAUCCUACAAGUGGCUCCAACAGCAGCCUUCAGACACACACACUGCCAUCCUCUCUCAGAUAUCAUCGCAGUUAAACAGUUUCGCUGUCAACGCGAAGUUCGUCAACAACACCGCGCCCGCGACCACAGUGCUCACAGCCCCGUUCAAGCCCUCUAGGUUCGCCGUGCGCCUGAAUACGCUAUGGUUCUCCAGCCUAGUGUGCAGUCUGCUCUCGGCAUCGCUCGGCUUGCUCGUCAAGCAAUGGCUGCGUGAGUACCUCGCGGGCUCCUCCAACAUCUCUCGCGAGAGCAUCCGCAUCCGCCAGUACCGUUAUGACGGCAUGCGCCGAUGGCGUGUCCCGGAAAUCAUCCUCUGCCUCCCCAUCCUCCUUCAACUCGCCCUGCUCCUCUUCUUCAUUGGACUACUCGACCUGCUGUGGACACUCCAUCCCAUCGUUGCCGCAGUCGUGACCACUAUUGUAGCAGUCUCGAUGCUUUUCGCAUUUAUAACGAGCGUCCUCCCCCCUCUCUACCCGGACUGCCCGUACAAGUCCCCGCAGUCCUGGCUCAUCUGCGCAUUCACGCAGUGGAUCAAGCGCACCGCCGCGGCGCUCGCCUCGCACUACCACGCGCGCCUCUAUCAGCCUGCUCCACUCACCGACCGCGAGCGGGCGCACGGCGCCUCCACCCCCGACCCUUUCGCGAGCAAGCUGGAGCUGCCGGCGCUCGUCCACUCGCGCGUGGGAGAGGCGGUGCGGGCGUGGUUGCACCGCGUGUCUCUCGCACGCACGUACGCCAGCUGGAAAGAGCGCGAGAAGCUCGAGACGGAGACCGGGAAGACGGCCGCAGCGCUCGACGAUGCGACGCUUGCGGGCGCGGACGCGAUGUUCAUGGACGACGCGUUUCUGCAUACGGUCGUCAGGCCGUGCAUGCGCGACAUCGCCCCUCGCGCGGCGCUGCGGUGUGUCGAUAGCAUCCUGCUGCGACGCGCGCCGAGGGUGCUGAACGACAUGCCGUACUGGGAUCUGGCGCAUUCGCUGGAUGGGGGACAUGGGGAUACGGGGACGCUCACGCUGAUGAACCUGCUGCUCGACGUACUCCACCGCCUGAACGCGAGCAGGGACUCGGAUGUGGUGAUCGAGUGGGAGGAAGAGGAGUCUGCGGAGACGAAGGACGAUGCUCGGCGGCGGGUCCUCAUGACUAUGCAUCGGCUCGUCCGCGCAAUACCCGCUCCAGCGAAGGGACAGGCCGGGCUGAACGGAGCCGGGGCGGACGCGCGCACACGCCCCCUUUUCCGCAGGAUGUUCGAAGUGCUCGCUGGGGUGCUUGAUGCUGAGGUCAAGCGUACGACCCCCGAGCGCUUCGUCAGGGAACGGUCGUUCAACCUAAUGCGCAAAUUGUUUGCAAGGUUCCAAGCAGUGGGCCCGGAUUGCAUAGCCGCGUUCUGCGCAUACAGCAAGCAGACGCGCCUGGAGAACGCACCUUACAGCUUCUUCCAGGCAUGUAACAUGGUCAUCCGCGCUUCGGCGGUCCUCGCGCGCGCGGCGAGCAGGUCGGGAUCCGCAGUCGUGCCAGAGCUCAGCACGGGCAACACGCUCCUCUCGCCCUCCAGCGCAUAUUCCUUGGAAUCCGCCCACAAGCGCUCCUUCGACAGGUCGUUCGUGAGCUCGAGCACGCUGUACUCCGAGCCGCUCCAGAUCUCUGCGCCGUCCGACGAAGACGACGAAGAAGCCGAAGGAGCGGACGCCGACGACACCGACUCCGCAGACGACUACGCCGCCGUCCGUCCCGCGCUGCUCGGCGUCCUGCACGACCUCGAGUGUUUCCUCUCGAUGCCGGUCUCCCGCGCCGCGGACUGCCGGCCCACGAUGGCGAUGCUGUUGGAGUGCGCGCAGGCCGUGCUGGCGCUCGCGGUGCGGGACCGCCUCGCGGUCUCCCGGGAUCUCGUGCACGCGCUGAGCGACAUGGUGGGGUACGCGUCUGCGGCGGACGCGGACGUGCACGCGGAAACGGACGACGGAGACGUCGGUGGCGGCUGGGACGCCGUUGAUGCGGACAUGGGGAACGGGAAGGGGGGAGGGAGGGAGGACCACGACGCCCAAAUGGCGCGGCAGGCUGUGCGGUGGCUGAGGAGGAUGUAUGGCUUGCGGGUUCGCUCGGGCUUGGGGUCGCCUCCUGCUAGGUAUGACAUGCGGUAAGUAGACUAGAAGUGACGGUGAGGGCGCAUGUGUAGGAGGACAUGUCGUCCGAUGGGCUUGGUUAUGACAGAUAGGAAGUUAGGACUCUGCUUUAGAUGCGCUCCAUACGGUCUCGAGGUGUUACCCUUGCUGUUCUCGUGGUCCGGUGUAAGUAGUGAUGCCUG